GCCCGCUGAAAGUCAAGCCUUCUAAGGUUCUAUUCAUCUUCAUCUCUGUGCUCAUGCAUGUAGCUCCGUGUAGUUCCAUCAUGCAGAACUGCUCUCGACCUGACACACUUUCCCUGCUCGAGGCUCUCCAACCGGUCUUCAAGCUAAACGAUGUUCGACCUACCAUGAAUAUAUCAACCCCCACCAACGUCAGCAUUGGCUUCGUCCUGUUUGGCAUUUUGGGCUUGGAUGAAAAGGCUCAAGUCCUUAAAACAUAUAUAUGGCAAGAUAUGACAUGGAGAAAUGAGUUUGUGAAGUGGGACCCAGAACAGUGUGGUUCUUCAGCGAUUACAAUUCCAAGGAAACUGCUCUGGGUACCAGAUGUGGUCAUCAAUGAAUUUAUGGAGAAGAAUUCAGCUCCAUUCGUGCCCUACAGUUAUCUGUAUUCGAAUGGCUUUGUGCUGGAUUCGCUGCCGGUCAGAGUGAUCAGCUCCUGCAGACUCGACAUCUACACCUUUCCAUUUGACAUCCAGAACUGCAGUUUGAGCUUUAACUCCUAUUUACACCGUAUGGCUGUUCUGCAGCUCAACCUCUUUACCUCUGUAGAAAAUCUAUUUAACAAAUCAAAAGAAGUGAUGACGACCAUGGGUGAGUGGGAACUCAUUGGACUCACAGAGCAGAAGUUUACGCUACAUGCUGGGGAUGGAGAAUUGUACCAAGAGAUUCGUUUCUUUGUGACAGUGAGGCGCCGGGCCACCCUGUAUGUGGUGAACCUGCUGAUCCCCAGCUGCUUCCUCAUCACAGUGGACCUCUUCAGCUUCCUGCUGCCUGCAGACAGCAGUAACCGCUCCUUGUUCAAGAUGACCCUCAUCCUGGGAUACACUGUCUUCCUGCUCAUAAUGAACGACCUGCUGCCCACCACUGGAAAUACUAUUCCUCUCAUAAAUGUGUUCCUGGCGCUAUGCCUGGCUCUGAUGAUGAGUAGCCUACUGGAGACUAUCAUCAUCACCAACCUGCUGUGUGGCUCCGCUCACUACUCUCCAGUCCCUCGCUGGGUCCGAGUCUUGGUUCUUCAAAUCCUGAGUCGCCUGGUUAGGCUUCCUCUAAAGCCCAGAGAUCUAGAGGACACAGUCAUCCACAAUCCUGCUGCACAAGAAAUGAAAGUCUUCUCUCUAGUGGCAGCGAACAUUGAGGUACCAGAACAGAAGGGACAGCUUAAUAACGACAAGGCCCUUCAGGAGUUUAGGAGCCUGGGCAGGGAACUGCAGGCCAUCCGCCUCCAGGUGCAGCAGAAGCAGGGAGAAAGCCAGAGCUCGGAGGAGUGGGUCCAGGUGGGUCUCAUCAUAGAUCGCCUGCUGUUCGGCAUCUACAUCCUCUUCAUAUCAGUCAGCUUCAUUACCAUCCUUAUAAUCUGGGUAAAAGUUUCUAGCUAAAAUGCUUUUUUCAUAUUUUGGGGGAUUCUGAACUAUUAUUUGUUAUCAUGCUUUGUUGAUCCCUAAAAACAAGAUUUAUUUUAUUCCUUGUUGGAAAAGAGAAGAGAACACAUGCCUCUAUCUUUCUCUGUCCCAUAAGAAAAACUGGGGAAAGAGUUGUAAGUUAAAAUAAUGUUUAUUAGUCUACAAACGUACUGAUGUGUUAGAUAACAAGAGUAAUCACACCAUCAAUAAACAUUAUUUCAUAUCUGGCAGCAAAUUGUAUACAACUGUACAGCUGUUGUGCUAUUAUAUAAUUAUUAUAUUUUUAUUAGAAAAAUAAAGAUGAUUUUUCCAGCAUGAAUGAGGGUAGCUCUCCCAAAACAUCCUACAGUAUGUCUACCUAUGCAACACGGGUGGUGUGUUUUAUGAUCAGCCGGUCAGAGCUCCUUACGAAUAUUAUUCUACACUUUCCUCUUCGAUAUCCAAAACUGCACCCUGACCUUUGGAUCAUAUCUAGACUUUGGUAAGCCAACACAAAAAACAAAAACAGAAACUUAAAUCUGAUCUCAGAACUGCAUGUCCGCCUCACAUUCAGUUUAUCAUUAUAAUAAUAGGCAGGUUUUUACUUGAAGUACACAGAAAUGUAACUUUAGUUAAAUUCAGAAAUUGCAUUCAAAAAUGAAUAAUUAUCAUAAGUUGAUCGAAAUAGAUGUGUUCCUCCACUUCCGUGAACUCAACUUUCUAGAAAAGCCUCAAACCCUAAUAAGCACCCGGUACAGCACUGAGACUGGAACAGAUUGUAACACCCAUAGGUGGAGGUGUUGAAAAAUAAAAUGGUUGAAUGCUUACUGGAGGUGUGGAACAACAAGGCUUAUGUUAUUCUGAGUGGUUAUGACCCAUCUGCACAUACUGCAAUUCACUGUAAUGUUCUAAUAAUGUUUAUCCAAUAAUGCAGAAUGAAUGUCCUCAGAAGGAUAGCAAUAUCAGUAUGUGUUUACCUGCGAUAUAUUAUAUAUA